UUGGCAUUUUUUUUUCCGCGAAAGAAGUUUGCUUUGGCCACGCCUCAAGGCGGCCGCCUCCUCCUGCCCCCUCCCCCGCCCCUCCGCGCACACCUCUUGGUGCAGAUUGCAAAGCGCCUUCGGUUGAGAGCUGCCGAUUUUGAAGAGCCAGGCUCGCCCACCUUGUAGAAGGAGCGCCUCGAGUCCCCAUAAACCCUCUGUUGCAAAGAGCUGGCUGCCUGAUUUGAUCACUCCCUCACCCAGACUGCAUGGUCUCCUGGGACCCUCUAGAGUUGCACGUUUCUGCAGCGAGGACUGCAAAUCACCGUCGCUCCUAGGAUUUGCACUGUUCUGGAUACUGGAAUCUUGCAAGCUACGCUCGCCCGCCCCUGGGCAGACACUCGCCCGAACCACAGGAGUGUACCGCUGACUGGCAGGCCAGCUCUUCGCCUCUCUAUGAGCCCGUAAGCCUGCGGGCAGGUGCCCGGCGAUGGCGCGGCCCGUGAGCGACAGGACCCCGGCCCCCCUGCUGCUGGGCGGCCCGGCCGGGGCCCCCCCUGGCGGGGGAGCGCUGCUUGGGCUGCGGAGCCUUCUGCAGGGGACCAGCAAGCCCAAAGAACCAGCCAGCUGUCUCCUGAAGGAAAAGGAGCGCAAGGCGGCUCUGCCGGCAGCCACGGUUCCCGGGCCGGGCCUGGAGACAGCGGGCCCGGCGGAUGCCCCAGCUGGGGCGGUGGUGGGCGGCGGGUCCCCCCGGGGGCGCCCGACGGCCACGCCUGGCCCGAGUCUGUUAGCGCCGCUGCUGUGGGAGCGGACGCUGCCCUUCGGCGACGUGGAGUACGUGGACCUGGACGCCUUCCUGCUGGAGCACGGGAUCCGGCCUUGGGGAGAAGAUGGAGGGAGCCGGUUCUCCUGUGUUCCCCAGAGAGCACGGGGGACUGGAUCCUUGGAGGUUGAGAGGUUCGAGCUGAGAGACCCGAGGGAGCAAGAGGAAAGAUGUGCUCCCUCUGGCAUCUUGGGGUCUCCAGGGUCGGGCAGCAGGUCGUGGAUUCCUGGACACACCUGCCACUGGUCCGACCUCCGGGCAGAACCAGGGCCCUCCCCCUCCCAGCCGCACACUCCCGCGCCACGCCUGACCUCUCGGGACACACCCAGCCCUGUGGACCCAGAUACCGUGGAGGUGCUGAUGACCUUUGAACCUGACCCCGCUGAUUUAGCUCUGUCAAGCAUUCCCGGCCAUGAGACCUUUGACCCUCGGAGACAUCGCUUCUCAGAGGAGGAACUUAAGCCCCAGCCCAUCAUGAAGAAGGCGAGGAAGAUCCAGGUGCCAGAGGAACAGAAGGACGAGAAGUACUGGAGCCGGCGGUACAAGAAUAACGAGGCAGCCAAGCGGUCCCGCGACGCCCGGCGGCUUAAGGAGAACCAGAUAUCGGUGCGGGCGGCCUUCCUGGAGAAGGAGAACGCUCUGCUGAGGCAGGAGGUGGUGGCCGUGCGCCAGGAGCUGUCCCACUACCGUGCUGUGCUGUCCCGCUACCAGGCCCAGCACGGAGCCCUGUGAGGCUGCCCCCACCCGGCGGAGCUCUACUCCGCCUCACUCAGACUUGCGCCCUGACACCCUCUUCCCUCCCCAUC